GCUAGGUCUACCCUGAAUUAUCAUCAUUACUGUUUUUAGAUUCUCAAAUCUGUGCUCUUUUCUUCUUUCCUCACUUUUUAACCUGUUCUUUUUUUAUUUUUAAUCUAUAUAAUCAUCAUCCUUUCAUUUGUAGAUCAUAAUAUUUUGUUUGAUUUCCUUCCGCACCACUUUUUCUCUCUUCAUUUUCCUCUUUAUUUUCCAAGAAAAUUUUUCUCCUGUAGACUUUCAAUAUUUGUGAAUACCCUUUUGCUUUUUUCAGUCACUGCCCUUUCGAUUUGUUUAUUUUUCAAUUUAUCAGUCUUGUUUAGGGCAAUACUUUUUUUUUUUUUUUUGAAAAGUUUUGUUUUCUGGUUACAUCGUUUUUCUCUGAUAUACUGCCCGGAAAGAAUCUCAAUGGUUUGAUCAUGACAGUGUAUUGAAGGUUGAAAGUUCAAAUUUGCUACCAGUUAACUUUUUUUGCAAGUGUUUUCUCUUUGAUUUGACCCUUUUGUUAGGGUUUCUUUGAAAAUUUUCUAAAGAAAAUUGAUAGCUUACGGAGAGAGAUGAAUUGUUUUCCUGAUGAGGUGAUUGAGCUCAUAUUUGACUAUGUGACUUCACAAAGGGACAGAAAUGUGAUCUCUCUGGUGUGCAAAAACUGGUACAGGUUAGAGAGAUGCAGUAGGAAGAGUGUUUUCAUAGGGAACUGUUACUCCAUAAGUCCUGAGAGAGUGAUAGAGAGGUUUCCUGAACUAAAGUCCUUAGCUUUGAAAGGAAAACCUCAUUUUGCUGAUUUCAAUCUGGUUCCUCGAGGUUGGGGUGGUUUUGUGUAUCCUUGGAUUGAAGCAUUUGCCAAGAGCAAGGUAGAUUUGGAGGAGUUGAGGCUGAAGAGGAUGGUGGUCACGGAUGAGGGCCUGGAGCUACUUACCCGUUCUUUCAUGAAUUUCAAAUCUCUGGUUCUUGUUAGUUGUGAAGGGUUCACCACUGUUGGCCUUGCAGCUAUAGCUGCAAAUUGUAGGUUCCUUAAGGAGCUGGACUUGCAGGAAAAUGAAGUUGAUGACCCCAAAGGCCAGUGGCUAAGCUGCUUUCCUGAUUGUAUAUCACUUGUCUCUCUUAAUUUUGCUUGCCUUAAAGGGCAAAUUAACCUGGGGGCUCUUGAGGGACUUGUAGCCAGAUCUCCUAACCUUAAAAGUUUAAGGUUAAACCAUACCGUGCCCCUCAGUGCACUCCAAAGGAUAUUGAGUAGAGCACCUCAGCUAGUGGACUUGGGAAUUGGGUCAUUUGUCCAUCAUCCAGCUUCUGAGACCUGCACUAACCUAAAGAAUACCAUUAAAAAGUGCGACUCAAUAACCAGUUUGUCAGGAUUUUUCGAGGUUGCUCCUCGCUGUAAAAACAUUACUAGUAGCACUUGA